GAGUUUUCCUUCCAGGAAGCUUUAGAAAAGGGAAUUAUCAGUUGUGGGGGAACAGUUGUUCGUGAUUUACAAACUGGAAAGUUUGUUCCUAUUCAAAAGGCCAUAGAAGAUGGCCUCAUAAAUGGAACAACAGGGGAGCUGAUUAAUUCUGAAACAGGUACAACUUUUCCCCUCAAACAAGCAAUUAUGACAGGUCUUAUAAAGGAUGAAAAAUGGCACUAACAUUGCAAGGUGCUGCUACAAAAGGCCUUAUUGAUCCAAAGACCGGACAACUAAAAGACCCAAUGUCUGGUAAACAAAUCACUAUUGAUGAAGCCAUUGAAUCAGGACUAGUGGAUGCCAGACAAACAAUUGUGCAAAAUCCAAUCACUGGGCAGUCACUAACUCUCUCAGAUGCCAUAUCAUCAGGCAUUGUAGACACUAAAACAGGGCAGGUCUUUGAUGUUUCACAAGAUAGAAACAUAUCAUUACAUGAAGCCCUAUCAAAAGGGCUUGUUGUUGAAAAAGAACACAAAUCAAUGUCAUUAUCAGAAGCAUCAAAAGCAGGGUUAAUAAAUUCACUGACUGGUCAGGUUACUGAUCCAGCCUCUGGGCAGAAACUAAAUAUCAUUGAUGCAAUAAACUCUGGCCUAAUAUCAGACACUGACACAUGCAUACCAGAUCCUAAAACAGGCAAAACAUUGACAUUGUCUCAAGCUAUUGAACACGGGAAAAUCAAUGAACAAACUGGUGAAAUGGUUGACACCUCGGGAAACAAAAUAUCACUAAAUGAAGCCAUAAAUCUGGUGUCCUACUGGAACGAAAACAGCCAAUGCUGACAAUAGACGAAGCCUUCUCAAGAGGAUUGGUUGACAAAACACUGGGAAAAUACUUGACCCAGAGUCAGGCUUGUCUACAACUCUGAAACAAGCCAUAGAAAGUGGUCUUAUUGAUGGCACUAAGAGUAUGAUAAAGGAUACACAUACAGGGAGUCAAAUGUCAUUGUCAAAUGCAAUUGAACAAGGAAUGGUUGAUACCACCACUGAGAGCUUAUUGAGCCAAGGACUAAUAGGAGGAUAAGUAUAAAUAGUGCUUUACAACAGGUAUAAUUGAGGAUACAAGUGACAAUGUCACUAACUAAGGCAAUAGACAAAGGGUUGAUUGAUGGAAGUUCUGGCUAUGUCACUCAUCCAAAGACAGGAGCAAAGGUAACUCUAUCAGAUGCUAUUAGACAAGGUUUAAUAGAUACCAAGAAAAUAGUAUUAAAACAAAAGUCAGGAGAAGAGAUCUCUCUCAAAGAAGCAAUUGAAAUGAUAUAGUAGAUUUAGAAAAUGGAACAAUGCAAGACCAGAAUACUGGACAGAUAAUAACAAUAACAGAUGCUUUAAGAGAAGGAAUGCUCAUUGAUACCCAGCCUCAAAUGACAAUAGCAGAAGCUGCCUUAAAGGGCCUUAUAAACCAAAGCACUGGGCAGAUCACAAAUCCUACUACGGGUGGGGACAUGACUUUGGGAGAAGCAAUCCUUUCUGUGUAAUUGAUGCUUCAUCAAGUGAGAUAAGAAAUCCUGAAACAGGAAAAUGUACAACCUUACUGGAUGCCCUUAGAGAAGGAAUAGUAAAUGCUGA